GCCUCCCUCAAACUGUGCCAUAUAUCUUGGGCCCAACAACCUUAACCUACUACUGCCUUAAUAACUGCCUACCUCGCCUCCAUUUCUCAUUUUGGUUCUUUUAUCCCGUUUCCGGCUCCCCGCUCUCCGUUCGCGCAGUCGUCGCCUGGAAUUGUCAAAUCCCUUGCCCGUCCGUCUGAAUACCUUCCAUACACAAGCGUGCUUGGCUACCACCGCAACGACCCCAACUCUCUUAGUCGUGGUUCGCCAUGAGGUUUCACAACCAGGGUGUCGCCAAUCAUCAUUGCCAAGCACUUAGAAAACAACCAUGGGCAACAGUUUAACUCGCUUUACAGUUAACGUCAACUUCCGCGAAGAGUUUCGCCGCAUUGGCGGUCACAAGGCCCAGGACUCCGACGGGUUCACAAACGGUAACGCCAUCAACGGCGAUAUGGACGAAGAGAGCCCCUUGUUAGGGCACACCGUCUCCCGCGAUCCGGGAGAGUACAGUUUCUGGCGCCAUUUGCUUCUCGAUAGAAAGAGCUCCCCUGGCACCGAUAGCUCAAACCCCCUCGUAAAAUUCCUCGCGCGCAUAUGGAAUGUGACAAAAGUCACUCUGCUAAGUUCUUGGAUCAACAUCCUGCUUCUCUUUGUUCCUCUGGGCUUGUUCGCUGGAAAGGCGGAAUGGGGCGCCGUCUGGGUAUUUUCGCUCAACUUCUUCGCCAUCAUCCCGCUCGCCGCCGUGCUCUCGUUUGCGACGGAGGAGAUAGCUCAUCGUCUAGGCGAGACGCUUGGCGGGCUGGUCAACGCCACUUUUGGCAAUGCCGUUGAACUCAUUGUCAGCGUCGUUGCGCUUAGGGCUGGCGAGAUCGAGGUCGUGCAGGCGUCUAUGCUAGGCUCAAUCCUCUCUAAUCUACUCCUCGUACUGGGCAUGUGCUUCCUGUUGGGAGGUAUCUACAACAUGCACGCACCAGAUGGUAGUGCUACCGAGCAGAUCUUCGCUCAGGGAACUGCACAGACGACAUGCUCCCUCAUGGCCCUCUCAUCUGCGUCGAUGAUCAUCCCGGCCGCCCUGUACGGUGUUCUCGACAAGGCCGACGCGCACGACAAGGCCGACAGCAUCCUGGUUCUCUCGCGCGGCACCUCCAUCAUCCUGCUUUGCCUGUACUGCCUGUAUCUGUUCUUCGCUCUUCAUACACACAAGAAGCUAUUCGAGCCGGAGCAGCAAAACGGCGCUGCAACCGCCAAUGGCGAAGGAGCCACCGCUGUCGCUGAGGAGGAAGAAGAAGAAGAGCCCCUGCUUGGCCCCUGGUCCGCUGCUUUGGUCCUUGUCGCAGUCACGGUUCUGAUUUCGUUCCACGCCGACUACAUGGUAGACAGCAUCGAUGCGCUGGUGGCGACGGGAAAGAUCAGCAAGAACUUCAUUGGCUUGAUCCUGAUCCCCAUUGUGGGUAACGCUGCCGAGCACGUCACCGCCUGCGUUGUGGCCGUCAAGAACAAGAUGGACCUAGCCAUGGGCGUUGCCAUUGGCUCCAGCAUUCAGAUCGCACUGCUGGUUACGCCCUCGCUGGUCAUGCUGGGCUGGGCCAUUGGCCAGCCCAUGACAUUGCAUUUUGAGACGUUUGAAACUAUUGCCUUCGCUGUCGCAGUUAUCAUCGUCACCUAUACCGUCCAGGACGGGAAAUCCAACUACCUUGAAGGUGCUAUGUUGCUGGGUCUAUACGUUAUUAUUGCGCUUGCUUUUUGGGCUAGCCCAACCAAGGCCCUCGAUAGGGUCUUGGCCAUGGUUCAAAACUAAACAACUGGCCACUUUGCCAGAAUCCCGAUAUUCCCUUUAUUAUUGGUUACCAAUUUCUUCUUUUUGCUUUUCGGUGUUUGGGGGUCUCGUCUUGGUUGUCUUGGUUCAUCCGUCUGUACUAUAAAUAAUUCAAUAAGGGGGUUGUAUAGGAAAUAUGGCGGCUAUGGAUAUUACCAAGCCCCAGGAAGCAGGUCUGCAAGAAUGGGUGGUUGAGGAAGUUUGCGCUGUAUGAUAAGCUAGAGCAAACAUCAAAAGUAAGAAUGAGCAGGCAAUACACUUUUGUAUACCUGACUACAA